CUCUAAUUCUCCAUCAAAACAAUAACAUACACAUCACCCCCCUACUUGUUUCUCUCUCUAUCCAGUAUCCCCCUCUCUCGAUCUUUACGGCUUCAAAAUCUGUAUCUAUUGAUCUUCAUAAGCCUCGAUUAUCGCUAACUGAUUUCGCUGUCGAUUCAGUUUAGGGAUUUACAGAUCUGUUUUUCGGUUCAAUAUGUUUUGGAAGCUCACACAACUUUCCUGUUCUCCGGUUGAAGAAGUGUUAGACAAGGAAAACUUCACAUUGGAAGAGCUUCUUGAUGAAGAAGAGAUAAUCCAAGAAUGCAAAGCUUUGAAUAGCCGCCUGAUAAAUUUUUUGAGAGACAGAGCUCAAGUUGAGCAGUUGCUACGAUACAUUGUUGAAGAGCCUUCCGAGGAUGCUGAUAGCAAAUGGAAGUUUAAGUUCCCUUUCAUUGCAUGUGAGAUAUUCACUUGUGAAAUUGAUGUCAUCCUUAAGACUUUAGUGGACGAUGAAGAGCUAAUGGAUUUGCUCUUUUCAUUCUUGGAGCCCAACCGUCCUCAUUGUGCGUUGCUUGCUGGGUAUUUUAGUAAGGUUGUGGUGUGCCUCAUGUUGCGGAAGACUAUUCCACUUAUGAAUUAUGUCCAGACCCAUCAUGAUGUUUUCCGCCAGAUGGUAGAUUUGAUUGGUAUUACAUCCAUAAUGGAGGUUUUGGUGCGACUUGUAGGCGCUGAUAUCUACCCCAAUACUAAGGAUGUAAUGCAAUGGUUGGCUGACAGCAAUUUAUUAGAAAUGAUUGUGGAUAAAUUGAGUCCCUCUGUAAGUCCAAAAUAGAUAGCACUUUUUUGCGUUGGUUUUGGUGAUAUAUAAUGCACUACGAUUAAGAAUAUAUUGAUUGUCUAUGUAUUGGGCAUAUGGUGCAUUAAGUAAUCUGGGUUUUCUGACUUGAUUCUGUCAUUUAGUGUCUCCCUGACUAUGUUUUUCGUUGGUAGUGCCUAUUAGGGGUGGGCGUUCGGUAAUUCGGUUCGGUUUUGGGUUUUUUCCUCGAUUUUUUCGGUUAUGGGAUAUUGUGUACCGAAAAUCGAACCGAAUUAUUUCGUUUCGGUUCAGUCUAUGCUAUUUUCAGUUCGGUUAAAAUUCGGUUUAAUAAUUUCGGUUUUGGGCCUAUUUAAUGGUCCUGUUUAACAACAUUUCGGUUAACUACAUUUUCUAAUCUAAAGCUAAUUGUGCCUGUUUAAGUCCGUGUAUAGUUUAACUCUUUUUUUUUUUUUGAGAAAAUACCCUAUUACCCCCCUGAACUAUACUCAAAACGU